AUGUCUUACGAAAAGAAAUUUGAUCGCGACGCGAUUCGGACAAACCCCUCUCUACCAGAAGUUUAUAACAAGCUGGUUGAUUUGGCAGGAGAUUUCGCUGUCCUCGGGGCAGUAGACACCACCAAAGAUCUGGUCUCUCUUCUACUCCGUGAUACUACUUCAGACUGGCAGCGUGAGCAGCUUCGGCAUUUCGAACCCUUUUUCGCAGCAGCCAAUGAAUGGCCAGAUGAGAUCCCCGAGGAGGAGAGAAUUGAGGCAAGGGCAGAAAAAGCUGCCGCCAAGCAUGAUCUUGACACAGAGGAUAGCGAUGUUAAGCAGGACGAAAAGGGACAGCUGAGAGAGCAACUGAAGCGGGUGGAAGAUGCCGAUGCCAAUUCCGAUGAUCGCAUGAGCGGCUCAUCAAUUGCGAAUGCCUUUUACCUCGCCGUGAGGCUGGCAUCAAGGCAAACGUCUGAUAUGGAAAGAAUCAGAAAUGAUUCAAGAGUCCAGCAAGUCGCUAACCUUGCAGCUGAGAGACUGUACACGGAUGGGGUUAUCUCGUUCCUUGCUGGACGUCACGAACUCUGUGCAAUUCUUUCUACAGGUAUUUUGGCCGAGAAAGUCCCAGUCGACACAGACAAACUCAAAAACCUCGGCAAAGAAGUUAUAAAGACCUUUGCUGAGCGCUUCACCAGUGGCCGAAAGCCACACAAGCUAGAAUCAAAGCCCAUGAAGGAGCUUCUUCUGGAGUUGGAACGCAACACAAAGGCAAAAUCCAAGGAAUUUUGGGUCGAGAUGGACGAGCCAGGUCCAGAAACUCUCUUCAUGUUACCCCCUGCAACCGAUGAGCAAAUUUCCAACUUGGAGAAGAAACUGAAAUUGACACUGCCGGAAGAUUACAAAGAGUUCCUCAAAAUCAGUAAUGGAUUCGGGGGGACAUGGAACGGUUACCAUCUUGAUCCUCCUCUCCACAAAGUUGAUGACGUUGACUGGGUCUUUGAAGGGCUCGAAAUCAGUUAUCUCGAACUGCAUGAACCCCUUUCCGGAUGCAAUGAGCUGCGAGUCCCGGGAGAGGAACUUGAAUGGCCAAGUUCCGGCGUAACAGUCGAAAUUGGGCGUGAAGACGUCCUCAGCGUUCUUCUAGUCACCCCGGAAAAUACAAAGCAGAUCUUGGAGGCAUAUAGAAAAGCCAUGGAGGGCUCUGAAACACCGGAGGCGGCAAAGAAACAGAACAUGAAAGUCAUCGAGGCGAGAUACGGUAGCUACGAGCAGAUGCAGAAGCUGGAGUGGGCAACCAUGGAGUUCCACGACUCGGAAAGUCUCCCCUGCGGUACCUUUCGACAGUUUCUGCAAGACAGACUACGCAGAUCCAUGGGUGGACCUUAUCCGGAAGAACUUAAGAAAGAGGCUGGAAGUAUUGCUUAUAGCUGCAUGGCAGAGAGCUCUUGA